AUGAGCUUGGCAGAAAGCGCUCCGAUCUUCCUGCAGCCAACAGGGCUUAUCAUUGCAGACGCCCAGCUGUGUUUGACGUUCUUCUGUAGCGUGGAUCACGUGCCGUCUGCUGCCUUGAGUUCCCGCAAAGCCAACGACCCACCACAACAACAAACGACAUUAUAA